CUAACAAUAAAUUCUCCCAAUUCUACUUCGAUGGAAUGAUCAAAAUAUAGUCAGAUAAAAUUAUAAUUUUAUUACUUAGAUUUUCUUUUUCCUUUUCUUAUAUGAUAUUAAAACAUUAUGCAAUUAUUUUUAAUCUUAAGUGACUACAUAGUUAUCCAACUUUAUGAGAACCCUAGACUUGCCACCAGAAUAUCUACAAAAAUAUCAGAUCUAAAUAUAAAAAAUCUGACAUUCUCAGAUUAAUUCAUCUUCACAGGUUGAUUGGUCUCCUCAUCAUCUUUGAUUGAACACCAGACCCACAACGUAUGACUCCCAUCAACCACAAAUCUAUGCUACAAAACAACACUAAUAACAACUUCUUCAAAUUAUCCACGUCUGUCUUACUAUCCCCUCUCCUCUCCCUAAAGCUUCUGCUUUUUACUUUCUUUAUUCACAUGAAAGUCUGCCAACCAAUAAAGCCACUGCCACUCAAGCCCUAAAUCUACCAUCACCAAUGAAUAAGUGCCACGUCGACAGAUAAGGGGAAGCCUUUCCCUAACAGUGGGACCAGUCUUAUGGGCUUCACCACUCUCUCCCAAGACAAGCAUGCCUCCCAUCUCUCCCAAGUGUCCCUUUUGCACCCAUAUUUAACUUCGAACAAAUUGACCAAAUUACCCUUAUACCAACAAGCAGAAAACCCUCUAUGGAAGAAGCAUGACCUCAAGGUGACAGAAGGGUAAUUUCAUCAUAUAAGAAGACCAUAAUUCUACUUAUUAAACAAAGUAAAUGAAUAAAUAAGAAUAAGAUAGAGAGAGAAAGGAUAGAAGUGGUCCAUCUGGGCACUGAGGCUUGUCUUCUCAUGAACCCAUAGACAAGAUCUCUUUUUCUCUCUGAUUUCUCUAAGAUUUUAGCGGGCACAAUUGAAUUUCAUUUUUUUUUGUUAAUUUUUCCUCGUAAUCUCGUGAUUCAUCUCUUUUUAUACCCCAAACGAGGUCAUACUCUGUUCCUCCAUUCAUAUCCUCCUCAACGCUCCCACUUUUCUUUUUUCUCUUCAUUUCGGUCUCAAAAGCAGAAGAUUUGCCUGAAAAGUUCGCACUAUUUUGGGGUCUUUUCUAUUGGAUUUUGUUCCUGAAAGUGAAUUUGAAACUCACUGCUUAGCCAUUGAAUCCAUUCAGGGCUCCUAGUCAUUUCAAUCCAGAAAUCCUUAAACUAAUCGCUUGCAACUCCAUCUUUUUUCCCCCUUUGAAGAGUUUGCUGAAGUUCCUCGAAGUGGAUUUAAAGCUGAGUGAGUAAUCUGUUCCCCAUCAAUAUCCCUUUGAGGUCCGUCUUGCUGUCACUUCAAUUCAAUCCAGAAAUAAGCAAACAUCUCAGCGAAUCCAGGCCGUCAUCUUGAAAAUUUUUGCAUUAUUCAGGUUUUCUGUUUUUUUCUCCAAAAAGUAUACAUCUUCAAACUUCCUGAAAGAUAAUUAAAAGCAGGGAGAAUACUCCGUUCCCCCCAUUGCUAUCCUUUAAAUCUCCCUCCUUUUCUAUUCAUUUCUCAACAAUUUGCAUCUUUUUUGUGUUUUUCCCUUGAUUCAUUCUUCAUCCUGUUCUGCUAAUCUUUGCUUCCAUGGAAUUCAAUCCAAAUUUUGUAGACCUCCAUCCGAACUCAUCCUUUCCAGGGUUCUAAGAAGCCAUUACAGUGGCUUUCCAGAGUUCUAAGAAACCAUCAGAAUACAGAGUUUCUAGGAUAAUAAAGAAGUCAUUACAGUGGUUCCUGGGGUUCUAAAAAGCCAACCCGGUGUUUUUCUAGGGUCUAAGAAGCCAUUACUGUGAGCCCCUAGGGUUUCAAGAACCUAUCAGAAUUCAGUGUUUCAACAAGGUACUAAAAACCCAUUAGAGUGAGCUCCUACGUUCAAAGUAUCCAUCAGAAUUCAGUGUUUUUCUAGGUUUAUAACAACUCAUUUCAGUGAAUUCCUAUCAAAGAAUCAAUUAGAACUCCUUAAUUCUUAAACUCGCAGAACGCCUUAAUUUCUAAGGUUCUAACAAGCAAUCAAAGUGCGUACCUCAUCUCCAUCAAUCUCCACCCAAUGUCUUCUCCUUGUCUCACCGGCGCUGGUGCCGGCACCACCAGCCCCUACUCCCUCGACCUCGACCUCCUCAAAUCCCCAUCCCCAUCUCCAUCUCCAUCCCCAUUGCCCUCCCCAUCAUCCACCCUCUGUGACAUCACCAUCUCCACCAAGAAACCCCGAGCUCCCCGCAAACGCCUGAACCAAUCCUACUCUGAAGCCGCUGCCCUCCUCUCGGCCAUCCACCCCGGCAUCUUCCCUUCCUCCACCCUCCCCAAGCUCCGCCACUCUCUCUCCUUCCCCUUCUCCGAAUCCUCCAACCUCCUCCUACCACCCCCACCGAACCCCCCCAAACUCCUCCUUCAAAGCCCCAAACCAAACCCUAGCGGUACCCACUCCCCGACCUUCAGCUUCUCUACUUCCAUCCACGACGAUGACGACGAUUUCAACCCCACAUCCAUGCUCCACGAGCAGAUCAGCGAAGGGAUCGACACCAUCCUCGGAAAUCCUAGCUCCACCGCCUCCAUUGAUUCCCAACCAUCAUGCCCUUAUACCAUUUGCUUGAAUGCCUACAUCGCCAGCUUAAUCUACCACGCCCGCGCGCUCCGCCGCCGCGACGCCGACGGCGACUGGUGGAGCUCCCCACGCGUCGCCGUGCAAGACCUCAUCCCAAAACCCCGUCAAUCAGAGAAGAACAAGAAGAAAUCGAACUCCAACUCAAGCAAUUCAUCACCACCAUCAACAACAACAAGAUCAGCAACAAGAUCAACAACAACAACAACAACAACAACAACAAAAUCAAGAGAAGAAAGCAUCACCGGUGGUUUGAAUCUGAAGCUGAACUUUGAAGGAGUUCUCAAGGAAUGGUCUCCCCGAGGAUCGCCCUUUGGGGAUUCCGGUGCCUCCCCGGAGUCCUCCGGCGACGUUCUUACUAGACUAGCGCAUAUAGAUUUAUUUCCAGAAACAGAGAACGGAGUGAGGGAAACAAGUUUGCAGAGGUAUAAAGAGAAACGGAGAAAUCGAUUGUUCUCUAAAAAAAUACGGUAUGAAGUUCGAAAAGUUAAUGCAGACCAGAGACCUCGCAUGAAGGCAAGUGGUAGAUUUGUGAAGAGGCCUGCUCUUCUCUGCCAAACAAUUGAGGAAGAAAGUUCCUAGAUAGAGUAAUUCAUGGAGUUUUUAUUUUUAUUUUUAAUUUUUGUCUUUUUUUGUUUUUUGUUUUUUAUUUUUUGUUUUUUGUUUUUUGUUUUUUUAAGGGAAGAGGCUUUGUGAAAUUAAAUGUUGGAAUAGAAAGAGAAAUGUCAUCAAUUUGGCCAUUUGAUAU